AUGGAAGACCCUGAAUACCUCGACUUGGAUGAAAUAGAUUUUAGUGAUGAUAUAUCGUAUUUUGUAACUUCUCUCAAGACCAUCCCAGAAUUAUGUAGAUGGUAUGAUUCACAAAAUGAAGACAGAUCAGUCUCCAGCACCAGCUGUUACUGUGGAGUCUCAACUCUUAUUGGAAAUGCACAGAAACCAACAGGCAUUACAGAUACGUGCAAUAAAUUCAGACCAGUGAAGAGGGUUUCCCCAUUAAAGCACCAGCCAGAGAGCUCUGAGAACAACGAAAGUAAUGACCAAAAGAACCAGAAGGGAGAAUACCAGAAAGGCAGUUAUUCUCAGUCUGCACCUCCAAGUAAUGAACAGAACCAGGGAGAGAGCCUUAAAAGUAAAAACAUCGAGCCUGCUCUUCUGCUUGGGGAGCUUGAGCACUAUGACCUGGAUAUGGAUGAAAUUUUGAAUGUGCCUUACAUUAAGUCAAGCCAGCAACUUGAUCCUUUUACAAAGGUGGAUCCUGAGAAAAAAAUUUUGGGUAUAUGUUCAACAGUGAAUGGUGUCAGUGGUGAGAGCUCCUCUGCAGGGAACAGGGAGAAUUUGCCUGCCAGCGUGACUGAGUUCUGCAUUCUGUCCCCUGUGAAAGGCUCUCAGCUGAGAAAAACACAGCCCGUUGUCCUUGAGCAACACAAGUAUUUAACAGAAGAAUCGGAGCUUUCCCAGCCUUUAGUUAAGUGUAGCUCUGUCCAUGAAUCUGGAACCCAGGCCAAGGGCUUCUUCGGCAGGACAUUUGUUGAUCCUCAGGCUCAUAAAACUGAGCAGAGUAUGCCAAACUGCCACCUGAGGACUUUUCAUCUGCAGACUGCAGUGGUAGAAAGUAAGCAGCUUGAGGAACUGCAUAUGAACUAGAGCAUCACAGGCAGACCAGAAGAGAGGAAUGAAGAUGUGAAAAAAAGUAAGAGCAUCUUAUGCAUUGUAAAGGAAGGCCAAAUAUCAUUACUGCCACAUUUAGCAGCAGAUAAUCUGGAUAAGAUUCAUGAUGAAUAUGACAACAAUCUGCUGCACGUAGCAGCAUUGCAGGGACAUGCAGAAUGCCUGCAGUAUCUCGCUUCCCUGAUGGGAGAAGACUGUUUGAAUGAACGAAACAUUGAACAAUUAACUCCAGCUGGAUUAGCAAUAAAGAAAAUCCUUCUGUGGCUUCUUCAGUUUAUGCAAGAACAAGGUAUUUCAUUGGAUGAAGUUGACCAUAAUGGUAAUACUGCUGUUCACGUAGCUGCUCAGCAUGGCUAUCUAGGAUGCAUACAGACAUUGGUUGACUAUGGAGCAAACGUCACUAUGCAAAACCAUGCGAGAGAGAAACCCUCACAAAGUGCUGAGCAACACGGGCACACCCUGUGUUCCUGCUACUUAGUGGUUGUAGAAACUUGCAUGUCAUUGGCCUCUCAGGUUGCGAAGCUAACAAAGCAAGUGGAGCAGACAGUGGAACGCAUGACAUUACAGAAUCAACUGUGGCAGCUUUUAGAAGCCCAGCGGUCAGAGGGCAAAUCACUAUCCAUGAUUCCAAGUCCCAGUCCCAGUCCCAGUCUCCUGAAAGAGGAGGAAAGGGACCCUUCCAAUAAAGGCACAGGACUGGACCUGAAGUCUCCUGAUUCUACCGUAGACUUCCAGUAUGAUGUAU